GGGGGUUGGGAAACCGACCUAUCAGUUACAUCAAAACACUUUCGGCUCAUUUCCGUUCGAAAAUUCCAACAGUCUAUAGCCUUCAAAAGCUAUUCGAUAUAUCUUGAUAGUACCGAAAUACGGAAAACCCUUGAAAUUUGCUCAAGAUGUCGGAACUAACGGAGGAGCAGAUUGCCGAGUUCAAGGAUGCCUUCGUGCAGUUCGACAAGGAGGGAACCGGCAAGAUAGCCACCCGUGAGCUGGGCACUUUGAUGCGCACCCUGGGCCAGAAUCCCACGGAGGCCGAGUUGCAGGACUUGAUUGCUGAGGCCGACAACAACAGCAAUGGCCAACUGGACUUCAGUGAGUUCUGUGGCAUUAUGGCCAAGCAGAUGCGCGAAACGGAUACUGAGGAGGAAAUGCGUGAGGCAUUCAAGAUUUUUGAUCGCGAUGGCGAUGGCUUUAUAUCGCCAGCUGAGCUACGCUUUGUGAUGAUCAAUCUGGGCGAAAAGGUCACCGACGAGGAGAUCGACGAGAUGAUACGCGAGGCGGAUUUUGAUGGAGAUGGCAUGAUCAACUACGAGGAGUUCGUUUGGAUGAUAAGCCAGAAGUAGUAGUACAGCUAGCUACUAUUCAAACUGAAAUAAAAUAUUUGGGGUCACUGCA